CGACAGCAUAGGCUUUCAUUUCUAGGCCGAGUAGGUCCUACUAUCAACACAAGUGAACGGGAAAAUAGAUAAAGAAUUGGCUGUGCAAUCUUUAUCCAUCCUUGAAAAUAAUCUUACCACAAGGAAAUAUAUCGUCAUAGGUGACCUUAACUAAUCGUUUUACGUGGAACUGAAACCGACGGCACAGAGGAAGAGGCGUAAAGACAAAUUUCCAUACUCGAUGACAUUACAUCGCAAUGUCCGAUCGUUUGGGGCAAAUAACCAAGUCCAAGGAUGGGAAAAGCAAGUACUCCUCACUCAGCCUGUUUGAAAAGUACAAGGGAAAGGCAAUAGAAUCUCAGAAAACCACAGUUGUUCCGCGACAUGGCUUGCAAAGUCUUGGCAAAGUGGCCGCUGCCCGGCGGAUGCCCCCACCUGCUCACCUGCCGAGCCUGAAGUCUGAAAACAAAGGAAACGAUCCCAACGUGAUAAUCGUGCCCAAAGACGGUACAGGAUGGGCAAACAAGCAAGAACAACCCGAUCAAAAGAGUUCCACUGCAUCAUCAGUACAGCUGCCGGAGUUGCAGCCACAGCUGGCUUUACAGAAAUCUGUCUCCAAUCUGCAGAAGCCAGCAGCAGUAGCCAGCCAGGAGAGCACAAGCACAGGUGGACCAAAACAAUGGGCACAGCUAAAUGGAAAGGCAGUAGAACAAGAUGGUUCAAGGGGCUCAAACCGACUGCAGCCCUUCUCUCACGAGGAAUUUCCGACGCUGAAAGCAGCUGGCGAACAGGACAAGGCUGGCAAGGAAAGAAGCGCCUACGAUCCGUCGUAUGGGCCAGGACCAAGCCUCCGCCCACAGAAUGUGACGAGCUGGCGGGAGGGAGGUGGGAGGAGCCUGCAGCCGUUGCCGCUGCCGUUGGGUGUGGGUGGCGAGCUGGAGGGCAAGAGUGGCAGCAGCAGCAGCGGUGGCGGCGGAGGAGCUGGUGUUGGAGUAGGAGGAGGUGUGUCUGACGCCGCGGUGCCCCUUCCUCCUCCUCCUCCCUCCUCCUCUUCCUCCUCCUCCGCUGCCGGCGGUGGUCUCUCCACGGCUGCUGCUGUCGCUGCUGCCUCCUCCUCCUCCUCCUCCUCGACCUCUGACCCCAAGGAGCCCUCCCUGCGUCCUGCCCAGCCCCUGCGUCGCCCUGCCCCCUCCGCCCUGCAGUACCAGCUUCACCACGCUGCCGCCACCUACCACGACAUGCUGCCCGCCUUCAUGUGCCCCAAAGAGCCGCGGGAUGCCCCUGGCACCUCUGAGCAUGCCCCCCCUGCCGUGGGCGCUCCCGUGCGCUUUGAUGCCCGGCCCAACUUCAGACCCUCCUUCCCCGCCCCCGAGCCCCUCAAUGGGGAGGUGAGGAGAGAGAACCGAUUCGUCAGGGCCCCCCCUCGCCUUGCCUCUCGCCCCAUCCGUCGCCCUGGCGACCGCGCCCCCCGCCCCGCCAUCAUCAACCCCGAGGACCUGAAGGAUCUGGACGACCUGGACAAGGACUGCGAGGACGGCUGGGCUGCAGGUCUCCAUGAGGAAGUGGACUACAGCGAGAAACUCAAGUUCAGCGACGACGAGGAGGAGCACGCCGCCGGAGACAAGAGCAAGAUCUGGGGCGAGUGGGACAACCAGCGUGAGCGCGGAGCCUCCUUCAGCUCUGGUGAGGGUGUGUACCCGCACGAUGCCAACGAUGACGAGGCGUACCACCGCCACCAGGAGCUGCUGCCCGUCAGGAAGACCAACGGCCGCUACCCCCCCGACUCCCAGUCCCAGCAGAAGGGCAGUGUGGCGAGUGAGUCUGCGGAGGAGCAGGAGGAGGGAGCGCGGGCCGGGUCCGGGCCGGGUCCGGCGCGGGGCAAGUUUGCGUCGGCGGAGCUGUCCGAGGCGGUGGAGCGGGCCCGGCGGCGGCGUGAGGAGGAGGAGCGGCGGGCGCGGGAGGAACGGCUGGCCGCCUGCGCGGAGAAGCUCAAGAAGCUGGACGAGAAGUUCGGGAAGAGCGAGCGGCCGCCACGCCACGCCGACCCCCAGAAAGACCCCGAGGCCAGAGAGCCCGCCCUCUCGCCCAGCCGCGACGCCGCCAAGCACCACCAGGAGGCCUGGCACUACACCGGCAAAGACGUGUCGGAGUUGCCGGCUGAGCAGUGCCCCAACCAGGACUACCGUGACGGCGCCAGCCCUGGCUUCGGUUACCAUAACGACGAGGAUGGCGGUGCGGAGUCCACGUCCCCCGUGCCUGACUACGGCCGACACCAGAAGCCCGUGGCACCACGCUUCCAGAAGCAGCAGCAGCAGCAGGAGCAGGUGUAUAAGAUGCAGCAGUGGCAGCAGCAGCAGCAGCAGCAGCAGCAGCAGCAGUCGGGUCACGGUGCUCCCCCAGGUCCUAGCCACCCCCAGCGCAGCUACUACCCCCCCCACGUGCUGGGCUUCGACCCCCGCUGGAUGAUGAUGCCCCCCUACAUGGACCCCCGCAUGGCCCAGGGCCGCUCCCCCGUGGACUACUACCCCAACGCCGUGCACUCCUCAGGCAUGAUGAAACCCAUGAUGCAGCCAGAGCAUCUGAACAGCCCGGGUUCUGCCUCUGACGAGGGCUGCCAUCCCAGCAUGCUCUCUGAACAGAGAGCCCCGUCCACCGAGCCCUAUCCAGCAUGGAGCCAAGAUGGCUACCCAGCGCGCAGCUUCACCCCCCCCUACCAGCGGCAGCGGGAGAGCAGCGACCGCAGCCAAGGAGACGACCGGAGCGAGCGCGCCGGCUCCCAGCAGGACUCGUAUGAGGAGCGCGGCGGCGAGUGGCAGGAGGUCAGCGCUGCGGACGACCCCUACCGGCCGAGAGGAGACGCGCACGAGGCCCCCGGCGGCCGCCCCCCCCAGCCCGGAGACGGAGACGGAGACGGAGACUACGCCAAACCGGACGCCAAGGAGGCCUCGCGCCACCGGCGGGCCGGCAGCGGCAGCGGCGGAGACGAGGUGUUCGAGAAGGACAAGGGCUACGAGGCUACGGACUUCUGGCGGAAGGACGCGGCUCUGAAGAAGGAGGCUCCGCAGACGCAGUGGUCAGAUCCCGGCGGCGGCUCGUCCAGCAGCAGCAGCAGCAGCGUCGGCGUCGGCGUCGGCGUCGGUCAGCCCUCGGAGUCCAGCAGCCGGCCGCUCUCCCGCCGCACCGGGCCCAUCAAGCGGCCCGUGCUCAAGGCCCUGAAGGUGGAGGACAAGGAGAACGACAAGCCCAAGGUGGAGCCCGAGGAGAAGCAGGUGCCCUACCGGCUGGAGAAGGAGGUGCUGACCAACGUGUACGACCUGAAGAAGGACAACCAGCCGCUGCCCAGCCGCCACUCAGCCAGCGCCGCCGCGGACAAGCUGCUCCAUCAGCAGCAGCAGCAGCAGCAUCAGCAGCAUCAGCAUCAGCAGCAGCAUCAGCACCAGUACCAGCAGCAUCAGCAGCAGGUGGAGGAGAAGGAGCGCUACGCAGCACCUGUGUCCGGCCGCGGGGAGAAGCUGGAGCAGCAGCAGCAGCAGCAGGCGGCGGAGGAGGACCAGAAAGAGAGCAGCUGGGAGACGGGCGGCAGGGGUCAGUCCCGCGACACCGCGGAGAGCCGGGAGACGUCGUCCGCCCCGCGCCGCAACAACUGGAUCUUCAUCGACGAGGAGCAGGCCUUCGCCGGGGCUCGCGGGGCCCCACGGGGCAGGGGGCGUGGCUUCCGGGACUUCGGCGCUCGCGGAGCGGCCGGCGGCGGACGAGGCGGCCGAGGGGAGAACUCCAGGGGCGCCUACGGCAACGCCGGCAACAACAACAACGGCGGCGGCGGCGGCGGCGGCGGCAGCUCCCAGAGAGGCGGGCGCGGGCGCGGCAUGAGGGAGCUGGCGAAGGCGGAGGAGUUGGCGCGGGGCAAGCCGCGGAGACGCAACGUGAGCGAGACGCUGAGCGAGACCUCCGAGUACGAGGACGCGCCCAAGCGCCGCCGCCAGAAGGGCUCGGAGAACGGAGACGCCCACGGCAACAACGCCAACGCCAACAAGGCCGACCGCGACUCCUGGAGGUCCAACAAGGUGUACGCGGACGAGCAGGCGCCCGCCAGCGACCCACGGGACAAGAGCAAACCCGGCAGAGGGUUCGGCCGCUCGCUGCCCCCCCGCCUCAACGCCAACGCCGGCUACCAGCAGCAGCGCAGCGGCUUCGGCGCGCGCGACAUCUCCACCUGGCGCGGCCGCUCCACCCAGGAGAACGGCUACGCCAUCGCAGACCCCGCCUCCUCCCGCCGGCCCGCCGCAGAGCGAGAACCCGUCAAGUACGCGCACAAGUUCUCCGGCUCCUUCGUCGAGAACGGCGUGGACGAGCGAGGAGGAGGAGGAGGAGGAGGAGGAGGAGGAGGAGGCAGCGGCGGGGCCGAGGGGGACGGUUACCUGGACAACGACAACCCCGACAACCGGCCCCUGCGCCGCCGCCGGCCCCCCCGCCAGGACAAGCCCCCCCGCUUCCGACGCCUGCGCGAGCGCGAGCCCAGCGGCCAGUGGACCAGCGACGAGUACGUCAACGGCGACCUCGCCAACCCCUGGCCCGGCCGCGCCAAGAGCGGAGAGGACGGCUGGCCCGCACACUACCCCGGCGGCCGUGCCCACGAGAUGCCCGGCGGGCAGCAGCAGGGCGAGGACUGGGAGUCCGGCUCGGACAACAGCGACUUCGGCGACUGGCGGGAGAAGCGCGGCGGGGGCGGGGGCGGGGGCGGGGGCGGGGGGAGCGGUCACCACGGAGACGCGCCGUCGGACUCCGGCCACAGCGAGCCGGGCGGCGAGAAGAGGGAGCACUCCAAGCGCAGCUUCUCCAGCCAGCGCCCCCUGGUGGAGCGCCACCACCGCAAGGGCGACGCCCCCGUCCUCUCCGCAGACACGCCCGCCGCCGCCACCGCCGCCUCGGCCAAUCGCAACGACAGCUGGCAGAACGGAGUGUCCCCCACCUGCAAAAGAAGCCCUGAGGACGUUGCGGCCAGUCUGGUGUCCGGUUCCGUGUACAGUGUGGAAUCAUCGGAGGAGAACCUGCAGUCGGUACCCACCGAGGGUUCCGGGAAGAAGCUGGACAAGGAGCUGAAGAGCCGCGGCAUGAAGGGAGACCUGACCGAGCCGCUCUCCCAGUACGACAUCAGCGCUUACCCAAUUGAAGCGGAGGCGGGAGGGUCCAGUCCAGACGGUUUCCAGGACGCUCUGAAUAAGAAGCAGCGGCGCCCUCAAGACGACGAGCGCAGGAGGAAGGAGCAGGGGCCCACCGUGGUGAAGACUCGACCGAUGCCAUCCAAGAUGCCGCCACGCUUUGCCAAGAAGCAAAGUAGCCUUUCCAUGGAGCAGCCAGAGGAGGCGCUGUCUGCCAGCAACCUGGGCACAGAGAUCUGGGAGACCAACAGCUCAGCCCUCACUGUGCAGUCUUCUGGUGGAGACUCCUGGACCAAGCAAGUGUCCUACACGGGGAGUGAGCCCAACUCUGAGGACUCUGACGCGGGCCCCGAGCAGAGUAAGGAGCACAAGCCGCCGGGUCCGAUCGGCAACGAGCGCUCGCUGAAGCAGCGGAAGGGCUCCGAGGGGGUGGAGCGUCUGGAGGGGGGGCCCAUCGCGCCGGUCAACGGCGUCGCCCUCCACGUGGACAGCGUGCUGCCCGUGCCGCCCAUCGAGUUCGGCGUCAGCGCCAAGGACUCCGACUUCAGCCUCCCGCCCGGCUCCGCGCCCGUGCCCGUGUCCAACCCCGUCGCCAAGCUGCAGGACGCCCUCGCCAGCAACACCAUCCCCAUGCUGCGCAGAGACCACCUGCAGCCCGGCAUCACCCUCAACCCCAUCUCCUUCCCCAGCGCAGACCUCACACUCAAGAUGGAGAGUGCGCGUAAGGCGUGGGAGAACUCCCAGUCGCUGCCGGAGCAGGGCUCCCCGGGCGGUGGGGGGUCAGGGGUGCAGCCGGCCUGCAGCGUGGGGGGGUCCAGUGGCGGGGGGGUCAGCUACAGCUCCUUCGGGGGCGUGUCCAUGCCCCCCAUGCCCGUGGCCUCCGUCGCCCCCUCCGUCUCCAUGCAAGGUAACCACAUGGCUCCUCUGUACUUGGACGGGCACGUCUUCUCCAGCCAGCCGCGCCUGGUGCCGCCCAUGAGCCAGCAGCAGAGCUACCAGCAGGUCAGUACCCACCACUUCACCCGCCCGACCAUCACCCCGCAGCAGAGCUACCAGCAGGCGGCUGCGGCGCAGCAGAUCCCCAUCUCUCUGCACACGUCUCUGCAGGCUCAGGCCCAGCUGGGGCUCCGUGGAGGACUCCCCGUCUCCCAGUCCCAAGAGAUGUUCAGCUCCAUGCCCCCCUUCAGGUCCCAGGUGUACAUGCACCCCAACCUGUCCCAGCCCAGCCCCAUGGUGCUGUCGGGGGGCGCACCCCUCAAGGGGCCCUACUCCGCCUUCCCCGGCAUGCAGCCCUCGGACCUGGUCAAGCAGCAGUCCGGCUCCCACUACCAGCCCAUCAACGGCAGCCAGCCGCUGGUCUACGACGGGCCCAUGAGCCAAGGCCCCGGCAUGGGCACCUCCCAGCUCAUGGACUCCCAGCUCAUCCAGGUGACGAUGCCGUUGCCUGGCUCCCAGCUGCGAUACGGCUCGGCGCAGCAGCACCUGAUUCUGCCCCAGUCCAUCCAGCUGCAGCAGGGCCAGAACCUGUCCGUGGGGGGGGCCCGCCGCAUGAUGCCCCCCGGCUCCCAGCCCCCCGUCAUGCCUCAGAGCAGAGAGGUGAGGGCAUCUCAGGUGGACAUGAAGGGAUUCCAGUUCUCCGACAAGCCCAACCACUCCCCUGGCAUCCCCGGAGGAUCCUACAGGCCCGGUUCUGCUAGCCCCAGUGGGAAACCAUCUGGACCUGGAGGCCCUGGUGUGGGCCCCCUACCCACCCACUACCAGCCACAGGUGCCCACUCCGCAGGGCAGCAUGGUGAUGCACAUGCGGCCGCCCACGUCCGGCCCCUUCCCCAACCCCAUCCAGCGGCCCGUCAUGGCCGUUAGCAAGCCCGUCAUUGUGCGCUCACCCCCCUACCCCAGUCCCGGUCGUGACCCCCCCCAUGCCCACGCCAGCCCCCCCUCCGCCCCCGAGUCCAACACCAAGGGGCCCGAGGACGGCAUGAAGAAUAAGCCGCUACGGGAUGGCAGGCCAACGGUGGGUGAGGGCAAGUCGUCUCCGUCUGCGGUGAUGCCCACCAAGCUUCCCGACGCCUCCCUGCCCCCUGGCCAACCCAAACCAGCCCGCACCGGAGCCAUCAAGCCCCAGGCAGUGAAGGUGGAGGAGAGCAAGGCCUAACCACAGAGGACCCCACCACCUCCUCCUCCACCUCCACCUCCUCUUCCAGAGGCUCACUAUCCCACAACCACCGUCUCUCCUGUGUCUCACUCUCCUACUCUUCCUCAUGGCCCCCCCCUUCCUCUUCCUCUGGGCCGUCCUGCCUGUUACAGCCACCAGGGCGGUGCCAAAGGACAAGCCACACCAACUCCGGGAAAAGACGAAGAGAAAAAGACAAAAAAAAAAAGGAAUCGGAUACUAUUGCUGAUCACAUAUAGAGAUAUAAAAUAUAUAUAUAUGCAUAAAUGUAUACAUAUUAUAUAUAUAUAUAAAUAUAUAUAUAUAUAUAAAUAAAUACAUAGACACAAUAGUUUGGGACAUUUCUAAGCAGACUCCUCAAGAAUCCAUCUUUUAUUUAUUAACAUUUAAAGUCCAUUUCAAGAGAAUAAUGUUAGCAAGAGGAAACGAGAAGAAGAAAAAAAGGAGAAAAAAAAGUCACGUUUUCUACGUUGGUCUCCAUAAAGCGUGAACCCGCAGAAGGGGAGAGAAGUCGUGUGUGUGUCGGUCUCUCUCUCUCUCCCUCCUCUGCUGUCCAUCCGCUCCUCCAAGCCUUUGCCAAAACGAGAGCGUACCGGCUCCCGUCUGGUGUGGAGACUUCCGCUGGCGCCAGAGAACGUGCCGGAAAUACCCACCUGACUCUGAUGCCGUCUGCCACCGCCAGAGAACGUGCCGGAAUACCCACCUGACUCUGAUGCCGUCGCCCGCCGCCGCCCCCUCUUGCCUUGGAGCGGAACUCCCGUGCGGCACCACGUCUCAUGUUUUUUCCUUUGGACAUUUUGACUGGUUACAGUGAAUGGAGUUUUAACCCUCUCUCUCUCUUUCUUUACUUUUUAAAUAAUCAGCACCUACUUGCUCUAUUAAAGGACACCUUUUAUUCAAUAAAAAAAAAUCCUUCCAAACCAAA